GACUGACUCACUGAAAAGGGGGAUGACAGCUGAAAGGCUUAAAGGUUGAAAGUGAUAAGAGAGAGACAGAGAGGACGAACACCGCAGACACGCAGAAACCGGUUUGCCAUCAUCAUGGAUUUAUCUGCUCUGAUCUUCUUCUCUGUGAUAUGUGCAGCGUCUACCCAAGCUCCUAUAGUCUCCGUGGAGCCCAAAGCUGCUACUGUAAGACAAGGAGAGUCUGUCAGCUUCAGGUGCCAGGUGAGAAACAGCGUACCACCAGUCAAUGUGGAAUGGACCAGAGGCAAUAACCAAGUCCUAACAGAUAACAUCAAGGUUGGUCCUGAAGGCUCUGUUCUCACAGUCUCCAAUGCCCGACCUGGAAACCAGGGCCAGUACCGCUGUGUGGCAGUCAGCUCUGCGGGCCGAGGCUCCGCCUCUGCAGUGCUGAAUAUCAAACAUCCUCCAAAGCUUCGCCUGACACCAGCAGGGCCGUUGCUGGUCAGGGUGGGUGACACGGUGUCGGUGCAAUGCCGAGCUACGGGCCGGCCGCGUCCCAAACUCACCUGGAAGCGCCAGGACUCAACCUUACAGCUGUUCACCACCGAGACCAACGAUGUCAACACCAUUCAGUGGCCGGCCAUUCGUCCAGAGGAUCUGGGUGUGUACAUCUGCCAGGCUGAGAACAGCGAGGGGGUGUCCGAGGCCAAAGUGGAGGUUUUUGUAGAGGGAGAGCCUGGAGCACCGGUGGCCUCAGUGACCCCUGAAGAAGUGACAGCAGUGGAAGGACAAACUGUGACAAUGGAGUGUCAGGCAAGAGGUUCUCCUCCUCCUGUCAUCACGUGGUCAAAGCUCCGAGCUCCUUUGCCGUGGAAAAGCAGAGAGCAGAAUGGAGUUCUGAUCCUGGAAAAUGUGGGGCGCCAGGACUCGGGACAAUACAUCUGCAACGCCACCAACGUGCACGGCUACAGUGAGGCGUACACGCAGAUGGAGGUGGAGACCCCCCCGUAUGCCACCUGCCUGCCUGACCAGGUGAGGCUGCAGCCUGGAGACACCCUGCAGCUGCAGUGCCUUGCUCAUGGCUCUCAUCCCAUCCAAUUUACCUGGAGUCGGGUGGGCAGGGCCAGCUUACCGCCUGGAGCGCAGACAACGACAGACGGAAAGCUGCUGAUAGCCAAUGUGAAAGCGGGCCUCAGUGGGACGUACAAAUGUGUGGCCUCCAACCACAUUGGUUCAAGUGAGGCGCUGGCAAGUGUCUAUGUAAAAGCUUGAUCCAGCUCGAUCUUAAUGACACAUAAUUACUACAGUGAAAACAUUAUUAAUACAUUCAUACAUUUCAUGCCCAGCGACAGACUGGCUACCUGUCCCAGGUGUACCCCGCCUUCGCCCAGCAGUAGCAGGUUA